AGAGAGAGGGAGAGAGAGUCCUGUUUCUAAAACCCUAGCUAAACCCUCGCCUCGCUUCUCCUCCAAACCAAAUGGCUUUCACUUCAAUUCUCCGCCGAUCGGCCUCCUCCCUGGCCCCACUCGCCAGCCGCCUUGCUCGUGGCCAGCGGUCUUACCACGGCGCUGUUGCCACCACCGUCAACCACUUAAAUUUCUCCCGAAAGCACACUCAGCCGACCCCUUUCGUUCCCACCCCUCGAUACUACUCGAGCCACAGUUCGGACCAGUCUCUGAUCAGGGUCAUCGAGUCGGAGAUCAAGUGCGCUGAGGAGACCGAGGAUCUCGACAAGGUUGAGGAGAUUCCAUCAUCCUUCCCUUUUAAAAUUGAAGAUACUCCCGGAAUCCAGACGGUGACGCUGAAAAGAACAUAUCAAGGUGAAGACAUACAGGUUGAAGUUCACAUGCCUGAUCUAGUCACAGGUGAAGACGACAACGAUGAUAACCAAAAUGAUGACAAUGAUGAACACGCCAACCAAUCCAGCAUCCCGUUGGUCGUAACUGUCUCCAAGGGUAACGGACCAGUUCUCGAGUUUAGCAUCACUGCUUACCCUGAUGAGUUUCAAAUUGACAGCUUGGCAGUGAAAAAUCCCGAAGAUUCCGAGGAUCAAAUUGCCUACGAGGGGCCUGAUUUCCAUGAUUUGGACGAGAACCUUCAGAAGGCAUUCCACAAGUAUUUGGAGGUGAGAGGAAUCAAGCCCAGCACAACCAAUUUCUUGCAUGAGUACAUGCUCAACAAGGACAGCAAAGAAUAUGCAAACUGGUUGCAGCAACUUAAGCGCUUCGUCGAAGCGUAAAACUUUUACCGUAAGAUGUUACCUGGUAGAAAAGAUGUGGUCUGUUGUUGAGAGGCUUUUAUGCAAACAAUAGUUGCAUUUCAUAUGAAAAUAACCAUUUAGGCAAUCUCUUGUGCACUCACUAUUUCAUCAGAAGUAUCUCAAAAUU